CAGCGUUCGCUGCUGGAUCGCUUAUCUGAGAUUUCAAAGUCCGCCUUUCGCCCGUGCGCUCUCCCCUCUCCGCGGACCUGCCAUGGAUGUUACUCCUGGAUGUGCAUUCUUCAUUAUUUUCCUUCACUUUCAGCACGCGGAUACUCUUUACAUCGCCAACAGUAUAGAUUCCCUGCAGCAUGUCCUGAGGGAGUACGGGCUAGUGAGGCCGGUGAGCGUGGAUGCAGACGGACGCUUCCUCUCCCACGCCGUCUCUGCCAGCCGGUUGAGUGGGCAGGGGUCCCACCGGCGCAGGAGGAGGCAGGCCAACCAGCAUGGAGAGACCAAUGAGGAGACGAACUCAGAGCAGGACCACCUGAGGCACAAGGAGACACUCUUUUAUAAUGUCACUGUUUUCGGACAGGAGUUUCACCUUCGCCUCAGGCUAAAUUCCAGGCUCGUGGCCCCUGGAGCCAAAGUGGAGUGGCUUGAGGACGAUAACCAAACGCACUCUGAGCCCUUGUUGCCCAGUGACUGCUUAUAUGUGGGUUAUGUUACCAAUGUGCAGGAUACAUCAGUGGCUAUCAGCAAUUGCGAUGGCCUGGCGGGGAUGAUCCGUGCAGGUCAAGAGGAGUUUUUUAUCGAGCCACUGGAGAGAGGAGGCGACAUGACAGCAGAGGAGGAAGGAGGACCCGGGCGUCAUCACAUCGUCUACCGCUCCUCUGACAUCCAGAAGCCGGUCGUCAAUCAGCCCGCUGACUUUCACCCCAGAGGCGGGAUGAUCCGUGCAGGUCAAGAGGAGUUUUUAUCGAGCCACUGGAGAGGAGGCGACAUGACAGCAGAGGAGGAAGGAGGACCCGGGCGUCAUCACAUCGUCUACCGCUCCUCUGACAUCCAGAAGCCGGUCGUCAAUCAGCCCGCUGACUUUCACCCCAGAGGUUCGCCUCUGGGUCUUCAGGCUGGAUUGGAGUUUUUACCCCACCAUGUUAAGAAGAAAAUAAAGAGCAACACGCGAACACGCAGAGAGACGUAUGAAGAUGAGAUCUUUAACAUCGAGGUUCUCUUGGGAGUGGACUGCUCUGUGGUGGUGUUUCACGGCAGAGAGCACAUCCAGAAGUACCUCCUGACCCUCAUGAACAUCGUGAAUGAGAUUUAUCAGGACAGCUCCCUGGGUGCCCAUAUUAAUGUUGUCCUGGUUAGAAUCAUGAUGCUCUGCUCCUCCAAGUCCAUGGGUUUGAUUGAGCUGGGCAACGCUUCUCAGAGUCUGGAGAAUGUCUGCCGCUGGGCUUUCCUGCAGCAAAAAGAGGACAAGAAUGAUGCAGAAUACCACGAUCAUGCCAUUUUUCUCACCAGACAAGAGUUUGGGCCCACUGGCAUGCAAGGUUAUGCUCCUGUGACAGGAAUGUGUCACCCUGUGAGAAGUUGCACUCUUAACCAUGAGGAUGGCUUCUCAUCUGCUUUUGUUGUGGCCCAUGAGACAGGACAUGUACUGGGGAUGGAGCACGACGGCCAGGCGAAUGAGUGUGGGGAUGAGGUUCCCAUGGGGAGUAUAAUGGCUCCUCUGGUUCAAGCAGCCUUCCACCGUUUUCAUUGGUCCCGAUGCAGUCAACAGGAGCUCAGGCGAUACCUCAAUACAUAUGACUGUCUGCGUGACGACCCCUUUGAUCAUGAGUGGCCAACUCUGCCCCAGCUGCCUGGUCUGCAUUACUCUAUGAAUGACCAGUGCCGCUUUGACUUCGGCAUGGGCUACAUGAUGUGCACUGCGUACAGCACCUACGAUCCUUGCAAGCAGCUGUGGUGCAGCCACCCCGAGAACCCUUUCUUCUGCAAGACCAAGAAGGGCCCUCCUAUUGAUGGGACCAAGUGUGCAACAGGAAAGCACUGUUUUAAGGGUCACUGUAUCAAGCUGACGCCAGACAUUCUUAGGCAGGAUGGCCACUGGGGUCAGUGGACCAAGUUUGGCUCCUGUUCUCGUACCUGUGGUGGUGGAGUACGGUUCCGAACUCGAGAGUGUAACAACCCAAUUCCGGCCAACGGGGGGCGCACUUGUUAUGGAAACAACUAUGAGUUCCAGCUCUGUAACAUGGAGGAGUGUGCAAAGGCCCUGGCUGACUUUAGAGAGGAGCAGUGCAAGAUGUGGAACCCCCACUUUGAGCAUGAGGGCACCAAACACCAUUGGCUGCCCUACGAGCACCCUGAACCUGAAGAGAGAUGUCAACUUUACUGCCAGUCAAAAGAAACUGGAGACGUGGUGUCCAUGAAGAGAAUGGUGCAUGACGGCACACAUUGUUCCUACAAAGACCCUUACAGCGUGUGUGUGCGUGGGGAGUGUGAGAAAGUGGGCUGUGACAAUGUUAUAGCCUCGGAACUAGAGGAUGAUAAGUGUGGCGUGUGUGGAGGAGACAACUCUACCUGCAAGAUUGUCAAAGGAAAUUUCACCCGCAGCACGAGGAAACCAGGUUUUCUGAAGAUCAUGGAGAUUCCUAGAGGGCACGCCACAUACAGAUCCGUGAAUUCAAAGGAACUCCGCAUAUUCUAGCGGUGAAGAACCAGGCCACAGAUCAUAUCUUCCUGAAUGACGAGGGUGAUUUUCCUGAGUCACGUACAGUAAUUGAGAAAGGUGUGGCAUGGGAGUACACUAACAAUGACGACAUGGAGACGGUCCAGACCACCGG